UUGAAAAACAUCAAGAUGCUGGCGGGGGUGCCGCUGAUCGGAUGGGUGAUCAGGGCUGCGUUAGAUUCCGGGGUAUUCGACAGCGUGUGGGUCUCAACAGACCAUGCUAAGAUUGCAGAGGUGGCUGAGGAGUUCGGUGCUCAGGUCCAUCGCAGGAGCCCGAAAGUUUCAAAGGACUCCUCGUCUUCCUUAGAUGCCAUCCAGGAGUUUCUGAGGCUGCACAAAGAGGUUGAUAUCACUGGAAACAUUCAAGCCACCUCCCCUUGCCUCCACCCCAACCACCUGCAGGAUGCAACAAGGAAGAUUCGGGAGGACGGCUGCGACUCUGUCUUCUCUGUCGUGAGGCAUCACCAUUUCCGGUGGCAGGAGGUCAAGACAGGAGGUAGUGUGAAUAUCAAACCCCUAAACCUGGACCCUGCCAACAGACCUCGCAGACAGGUCUGGGAUGGGGAGCUCUGUGAGAAUGGCUCCUUCUACUUUGCAACAAGAGAGUUGAUAGAGAAAGGAUAUUUACAGGGUGGUAAAAUGGCCUACUACGAGAUGCUUCCUGAAUUCAGUAUCGAUAUUGAUAUAGACAUCGACUGGCCAGUGGCGGAGCAGAGAGUCCUCAGGUUUGGAUACUUUGGUAAGGACCAGCUGGAGAAGGUGAAGCUGCUUGUGUGCAAUAUUGACGGGUGCCUGACUGACGGGCAGGUGUAUCUGUCUGCUGGGGGAGAGGAGCUGGUGUCCUGGAACAUCAGAGACACCGCAGGGAUCUCCAUGGUUCAGGAGCAGGGAGUGGAGGUCUGUCUCAUCUCAUCCAGAGACUGCCACAUACACAAAGUGCUAGCCAAGAAGACGGACUGCCAAUUAGAACAGAACGCAGCAAACAAAAUGGAAGUUCUAGAGCUUUGGAAAAACAAAAAGAAGCUGUCAUGGGAGCAAGUGGCUUAUAUGGGUAACGAUGAAAGUGACGUGGAGUGCCUGAAGAAGGCUGAGGUGAGUGGGAUCCCCCACAAUGCCUCCUCAGACACUGUGAAAGCCGUGGGGUACACCUGCAGGAACAGCGCUGGACGUGGGGCGGUGUGUGAGUUCACUGACUACAUCCUGCUUCUCAGUGAACAGGCCAGGGCUAAGAGCCAGCAGAAAAAAACACUGAAGAGUGUGUGUAGCUAACACCUGAACAAUCAUACAAAUCUUACCUCUUGCACUGUACCAGUUUUGAAUGUAACAGACCACUUAGCGAGCAUGUAUUUUCAUUUUAAAACUUUCCGUUUUAAACUGGUUGAAAUCAGUUUUGCACUUCCUUCAAAUCUCCCCCACC